AAGCACCUGACAGCAGAGGAUGGGAGAAGAAGAGGACAGUCAGAGAGAGGAAAGGAUUGGCAGAGGCACAGAAGAAAGGAAAAACAGGAUGAGGCUGCAGUCUAAUCCUCAAUAUUUGGACUCAGGACCAAAGACACAGCAAGACCUUUAUCUGGGCUUUCUAACCAAGCAACACCUGAUAAUGAUAUCUGUGGCUGUUGGACUUGUCUUCCUGCUGAUUAUCAUUACUGUCUCAGCUGUGGUGCUCACCAAGAAGUCAGGCUCCUCAGCUCCUCUUCCCUCCAUUUCUACUGGUGGAGACAUGCUGGACUUCCUAGUUCAGUCUGGUGAUAUUAGCAAACCUGAUGGUCUGUUGGCUACCUGGUUUCACAGAGCCAACAGCAAGGAGGAAAUGAAAAGAGCUUUAGCAAGUGAAUUCAUGAUCCUGGAAGCUGAUGUCACUGUAGAGGGUCAUGGAACACCCGGUGAAAAGCCAAUCCCUAUUAUGGCCCACCCUCCUGACAUCUAUAGUGACAACACGCUGGACCAAUGGUUGGAUGCAGUAUUGGCCUCAAGAAAAGGCAUAAAGUUGGAUUUUAAGUCUCUGGAAUCAGUGGGUUUGUCAUUAGACAUACUUACUCAAAAGAAUAGCAGCAGAGGAAUAAACCAGCCUGUGUGGCUUAAUGCAGACAUUCUCCAAGGUCCCAACGUACCGAACUUUCUGCCUCCAGUUAAUGGAACCAGAUUUCUGCAGUUGAUUCAGGAGAAAUUUUCAGCUGUGACUUUGUCUCCUGGAUGGAAGGUAGCCUAUGCUCCUCCACUUUUCAUUGAAACCUACACCAGGUCCAUGGUGGAAGACAUGUAUGAUAUGAUCAAAAACGUCCCACAAAAGGUCACAUUCCCAGUCCAUGCCCUGUUGGUUCGCAGUGGCUGGCAGCACAUCAGCUGGCUCCUCAGCCAGUCACCACGUUUCAGUCUGACCUUGUGGCAGGGUUCAUUUCAUCCAAACAUCAGUGACCUACUGUUCAUCCGCGACAACACCCACCCUGCCAGAGUCUACUAUGAUAUAUAUGAACCAACACUGUCUGCAUUUAAACAAGCUGCAAGGCAGCAGGGCCGUCUGAGGAGAUUCUAUCCUGGAGGAGAUGUGAUGGACUUCCUCUGUCCAACUCACAAUUCAGUCACCAACUUCUUGUCCACAGCCACACAAUGCAACAGCCUAGCUGUCCACUGGUUUACAGUCUCUGACCAGACCUCCCUACUGGCUCAGCUCUCAGAUGGCGCUGGUGGUAUGUUGGUGGUUAGGGUGGUUUCUGACAGCAACCGACCAGGAGUCCCUCUGGUGGAAGGUUCUGGAAAGAGCUCAGAGCCCCUCACACUGCAGGACAUCCUGCACCUAAUUGGACAGAGCGCUAAUGUACCCUGGGGAGUUUACCUCCAAGUCCACACUCAGCAGCUUCUGGAGGCUUCUCUAACACUGCUGCAUUCAGCCUACAGCAGAGAGAAAUUCUACAGGCCUGUUUGGAUCAGUAUGGAGGGUUUACAGAGCAGUGACAACACAAAGGAGUAUGUAUCCACAGUAGAGAGGCUGUUCCCGUACAUCACCCUCGUCCUGAGAGAGCAGAACUGGCCUCCUCAGAUCCCAGCAACAGUGACAAGCUUGUCUCAGAGGGUGGCUCUGCAUCUUAACACAGCAUCAUUGCCCAAGGGAAAGAAGGAACUUAAUUCUCUAAUGGGAAUGAUGGACAGAUAUGACCUUUUAGUGGAGGAGGACACAAAGAGUGGUGCUGAAGCUUUCGCAAUCUUGAAAGGACUCAUGACCCUGCAUACAGAGAGAGCAAACACAAACCUGUAUGUGAUAUCUGACCAGCCCUAACUGAGGAUGGAUAUGAAAAACCUAGAAUUACAUUGCUCAAAAAGGAUAUUUGUGUUAUACAGUUUCCUCUUUAUUUAAUGUGACUAGGCAUACACCGAUCUAUGGAAGCCUAUAGGAGACCUUUUAAAAUGAUCAUUUAAACUUGAAAAUGAAAAUGUAAUUCCACAAUAGUAUUAUAAUUGAAAA